AUGAAACACUUCCUCGCUGUGUGCUGGGCGGCCCUGAUGGUCAGCCUCGGUGAUGCCAGUCCGCUGGACACCCGUGUCGUGGACGGGGAGACAGCCGGGAGGGCACAGUUCCCGUACCAGGUGACACUAACCCUCAAGCGUCACCCGCUCUGUGGUGGUGUCCUGGUCCACGAGCGCUUCUUCCUGACGGCUGCCCACUGCUUCUUCAAGGGCGACACCCCUGUUCCCGUGGACGACCUGAACGUGUUCUACGGCUCCGAGAAGCUGUUCUCGAAAGGGAAGUACAAUCGCGUCAAGACCGUCCACGUCCAUGACCAGUACGACCAGCAGAGCUUCCGGUACGACCUGGCUCUGGUCGAGACGCGCCGUAGCUUCGAGUUCUCGUUCACCGCCCAACCGGUAGCGCUGGCCACGGAACCGCUGGCCGAACCGAGCUCCGUGACGGUGUCCGGUUUCGGACGUACGGCCGAAGCUGGCAACACGGCCUUCAAGCUAAAGUACGCCCAGCUGACGACGCUCCCGGCCGACCAGUGCCAGGAUGCGACCGGUGAAGGGUUCUACGAGGGAGCUCUCUGCCUGGACACCACCAACGGUGGUGGGUUCUGUGCGGGUGACUACGGUGGACCGGCCGUCUUCAACGAGACACUGGUCGGUGUUGGCAGCUACACCGUUGGAGGGCGCUGUGAAGCCGGCACACCGGACGUGUUCGUCGAGGUGGCCCACUUCAGCGAUUGGGUCCAGGCAACGCUGGACGGAGACAGCGAGACAGAUUCGCGUCACUUGUAA